AUGUGUUUGGGCGCGGUCGUUGUGCUCCUCGUGAUGACCCGUGACCGGCCAGCAGAGGUGGCGAUGAUAUUGUCUAAUGACACGUCGUGCUUUGUGGCUUGCUCUCUAGUUUUUCGUGGUCAGAGCCCACUCGCGGCCACGAGCAGGCCCUUUGGAUGCAGAUUCAAUGCCGAGGAUGACAUUGUGCCCAAGGUGACCUCUGCAGACGCGAGCGGGCGUGGUUCGAUCAAUUUGGUGCUGGUUUCAAGAGUAUCGUUCUCGCUUUUGUUGGUGUUUCAAGACCAUACAGAACCUCUACUUCGUUUCAUCGUUAGGAAGACUGCAUCUGGCCUGCAGAGCGCGACCUCGACAGAAAGGCGACUCAUUAAGUUGAACCACAGUCGGCUCGAUUCGAGUCGAUUCGAGGAGAAACGAUGCAUUAUUGAGGGAAUUGGCAGUUUCUUAGUAGAGAAGACGCGUAGGCUGUCGGUGGAUUUGGUUGCGCCAGUGCAGCACUGA